UAAUGUUAUAUUACAAAAAUAAUAUAAAUUAAUCCAUUAUAUAUAUAAAUAUAAUUUGAUUGCGUUCGCAAAACGCGUACAUACUGAACCAAAAAGUAUUUCUGGUGGAGAGGACGAAGUAGAUCGAAGCUCAAACCCUUUUCUUCCAAUGGCUGAUCCUGAAUUGGAAGCAAUCAGACAGAGAAGAAUGCAGGAGCUUAUGGCUCAGCAUGGCAUGGCAAAUCAAUCAAAUCCUGAACAGCAGAAUGCACAGGAAGAUGCGAAGAGAGAGGCAGAUGAACGAAGGCAGUUGAUGCUUAGUCAAAUUUUAUCUUCCGAAGCACGUGAAAGAAUUGCUCGUAUCGCUCUGGUGAAACCUGAGAAGGCAAGGGGCGUCGAAGAUGUUUUGCUGAGAGCUGCUCAAAUGGGCCAAAUUGCUGAAAAGGUUUCUGAAGAAAGGCUGAUAGCACUGUUGGAACAAAUCAACAACCAAACAAACAAACAAACCAAAGUCACAAUUCAGAGGCGUCGGAGUGUUCUUGAGGAUGAUGAUUGAUUAAACACAGGCUUGAUAUGAUAAUGUGUGUGAUUAUUGAUUAUGCAGUGCUUUGAUCUUGUAUCUAAAAAUGAUUUUAUUUAGUGGGUUGUGAAAUCAUUUUGACUGUAUUCAUGCUUCUACUAUAUCCUUUUGGCAUCCACUAAACUUCCAUAUUUUAGAAUCUAGAGCAUCUGUAUUCCUAUUUUAUUUUAUUUUAUUUUUAAAUGAAUUUCACACAACUUUUAAGAA